AUGCACGAAGAAAACUCAGAAACGUCUGACGAAUCGGUUACCGUUCACAUGGAAGGAGGACCUAAUCUGGAUCCCGCUCAUGAAAAAAUUUUAAACGCUCAAGUUCACAUCGAUCAUGUUGAGCCCACAUAUUCUCAAUUAUAUUCUUUCACCUCCAAGAAUGAAUAUUUGAUUAUGGGCAUCGGUCUUACAUUCGCGAUUAUUUCGGGGGCUGCUAUGCCUCUGAUGACAAUUGUUUUCGGACAGAUGGUUGACUACUUUACCGAUUUUCAAUUACGCAAAAUUGAUCCUGAUUAUUUUACCGACAGAGUUAAUUACUAUUCUUUAUACUUUAUCUAUCUCACCAUCGUCGCCUUUGUUUCUACUUAUGCCUACAUCUCUACUUGGACGUACACUGGUGAAAGGAUUACGAGAAAAAUUCGAGAGCAAUAUCUUCGAGCAAUUCUUCGUCAGAAUGUUGCUUACUUUGAUAAGCUUGGUGCCGGUGAAGUGACGACUCGCAUAUCCUCAGAUACUCUCUUAAUUCAGGACGGUAUCAGUGAAAAAUUUGCUCUUGCUGUCUCAUACGUUGCGCAAUUCCUUACCGGCUUCAUAAUAGCGUUUAUCAAAAGUUGGAAAUUAACGCUGGUAAUUUUUGGUCUCAUCCCAUUAAUGGCCAUCACCAGUGGCAUAAUGAACAAGCUUACUUCCCGUUACACGACGCGUUCUCUGGAUUUCUAUUCGAUUGCUGGCACAAUUGCCGAAGAAGCCAUCAGCACGGUUAGAACCGCAAUGGCAUUUGGUACUCAAAAGAAAUUAUCUAAACAUUAUGAGGUUCACUUAGAGGAUGCUAAAGUCGAAGGAAGGAAGAAAGCCAUUGUAAAUGGUGUUGCGAUAGGUGCUGUCUUCUUCUACAUUUACUGUACAUAUGGGUUGACCUUCUGGUAUGGUUCCAAGUUGAUCGCUGAUGGUUCGUUAACGGCCGGUCAAGUCGUCACCAUAUUCUUUGCAAUAAUAAUAGGUGCUUUCUCACUUGGAAAUCUUGCACCAGAUAUACAAGCCUUUAGUUUCGCUACUAGUGCCGGUUCGAAGAUCUUUGAAACUAUCAGACGCGUGCCGCCAAUCGAUGUCGCUUCAGAAGACGGCGAGAAGCCACAAACUGUGAAAGGCCAUUUCCGUCUUGAGAACGUCUCCUUCAUAUAUCCUGCUCGACCCGAAGUGCAAACCCUUAAAAACGUCACUUUGGAUAUUGAGCCCGGUACGACGGUCGCUCUUGUGGGUUCUUCAGGUUCCGGGAAAAGUACAAUCAUAUCGCUCGUUCUACGGUUUUAUGACCCCGUAGAUGGGCGUGUCUUAUUCGAUGGUCGUGAUAUCAAGUCCCUCAACGUCAAGUGGCUUCGAAGACAACUUAGUCUCGUGAGCCAAGAACCUGUACUCUUUAACACCACGAUUGCUGAAAAUAUCGCCUUUGGAUUAGUCGGAUCUGAAUAUGAGAAUUAUCCUGAUGAUAAGAAGCGUCAAUUGAUCGAACAAGCAUGUGUUAUGUCCAACGCUCAUGACUUCAUAAUGAAACUCCCCGAUAAAUAUGAAACAGUUGUUGGCGAGCGCGGUUUCCUGUUAUCCGGUGGACAAAAACAGCGUAUCGCCAUUGCCCGUGCCAUCGUCAAAGAUCCCAAGAUCUUGCUACUUGAUGAAGCCACUAGUGCUCUCGAUUCACAGAGCGAAGGUAUUGUACAAGAUGCGUUAGACAAGGCAUCUAAGAAUAGGACAACAAUCGUCAUAGCCCACAGAUUGUCUACCAUUCGUCAUGCGACCAAGAUUGUCGUGAUGAAUCAAGGUGUCAUCGUGGAAAUUGGUAAUCACGAGGAACUUAUGGAAAAGCAGGGUUACUACUCAAAACUUGUUGAAGCUCAACAAAUCCAUCUCAUUAAGGAAUCCCAAGCAUUGGAUUCUCCAUCCAUUCCACCCGAAGAUUCGGAUAUUUUGUUAGCCACAAAGAACAGGGAAGAGGAACUUCGGCUGAUCAGACGUGUUACCACCAAUAGAUCUGUUUCGUCCGCGGUUCUAGAAGGGCGAAAAGCUGACCUUGAAUCGGCCACAAAACAUGACUAUGAAUACACCACCUGGGAGUUAUUUAAGAAAGUGAUGAAAAUCAACAGACCAGAAGCACCAAUCAUGUUCGUGGGUCUUAUUGCCGCAAUCAUUUGUGGUUUGGUGUACCCGGCGUAUGCACUCGUUUUUGCGAAUAUUCUACAAUCCUUUGGUAAACCGGUAGAUCAAAUGAGACAUGACAUUAACCUUUGGUCCCUUAUGUUUGUCAUAAUUGCUGUGGUCGUUUUGGUUGGCAACGUCGUUCAAGGCAUCUCUUUCGGAUUCUCUGGUGAGAAUCUGAUUCAACGAAUCCGUUCCAUGUCUUUUGCUUCCAUGUUACGACAAGACGUCGCGUUCUUUGACGAGGAAGAAAAUAGUGUCGGUGCUUUGACUAGUUCUCUCUCACUAGACGCCACUCACGUGAAUGGAUUGGCCGGGGUUACUAUGGGCACUCUUUUACAAGUAAUCACCACAAUUGUGGCCAAUGUAAUCGUUGGGCUUAUCGUUGGGUGGAAACUCACCUUAGUCUGUUUGUGCUGUAUUCCCCUGAUGGUCGGUUCUGGUUAUAUACACAUGAAAAUGCAAAACGGUUUCCAAGAGAAAACCAAAAAAGCCUACGAGGAAUCUUCACAAAUCGCCUGCGAAGGUGCCAAUAACAUUAGAACGGUGGCCGCUCUUACACGUGAAGAAAACUUGUGGGAAAUUUAUCACCACAAACUCGAUAAACCCAUGAAGGAUGGUUUCAACAAUGCCUUCUAUUCUUCAAUCGCUUUCGCUUUCGCACAAUCGAUCCUAUUCUUGACGAUUGCUCUAGCGUUCUGGUAUGGUAGCAGACUAUUUAGAGACGGGGACUAUGAUCUCAAGAAAAUGUUUACCGUCUUCAUAGCUUUGGUCUUUGGUUCUAUGUCCGCCGGUCGCGUAUUUUCAUAUGCCCCAGAUAUAGCCAAAGCUAGAACUUCAGCUGCUUCUAUCAUCUCCUUGAUCGAAAGGAAUCCGAUAAUUGACACAUGGUCGCAAUCUGGUAAACAGGUUAAAGAAAUUAACGGACACAUUCAAUUUCAUGACGUCCAUUUCCGUUAUCCCACUCGGCCACAUGUUCCAGUUCUCCGAGGUCUUAAUAUAGAAGUUAAGCCUGGUCAAUUUGCCGCCCUGGUCGGUCCAUCGGGGUGUGGUAAGAGUACUAGCAUCGGUCUCAUUGAACGAUUCUACGAUCUUACUAGCGGAAAGGUGACCAUUGAUGGUAUAGAGGUCUCUGAAAUAAAUGUCAAUAGUCUUCGUGAACACAUCUCCUUGGUUAGUCAGGAACCCUCACUAUACGAUAUGACCAUUCGAGAGAAUGUUGUGUUUGGUUGCCGACCUGGACAAAAUCCUACGCAAGAAGAAAUUGAACGCGCAUGUCGUGAAGCCAACAUACAUGAUUUCAUCGUAGGAUUGCCGAAUGGAUAUGAUACUCACGUUGGCGGAAAGGGUGCACAACUUUCAGGUGGUCAAAAACAGAGAAUUGCCAUCGCUCGUGCGUUAAUACGGAACCCCAAGAUUUUAUUACUUGACGAGGCAACUUCAGCCUUGGAUUCGGCAUCUGAAAAAGUUGUCCAGAAAGCGUUAGACAAGGCCGCAUUGGGUAGAACUACACUUGCUAUCGCACAUCGGCUGUCAACCAUUCAAAAUGCUGACAUCAUUUAUGUGAUUAAAGAUGGAAGG